CAAGGUCUUGGGUUUAUUCUAAAAUGGAAAGAAAGGGUUGUAAUGAGAUGCUUUGUUUAGUUACUUUCGUUCUUAUGUGCUUCACUGCUAUGGCUUGGUCACAGCGGCCUCAGCAGGGAUCUCAAGUGCCUUGUUUCUUCAUCUUUGGCGACUCCUUGGUCGACAAUGGGAACAACAAUAGGAUGGUUACACUAGCUAGGGCAAAUUAUAGGCCCUAUGGCAUUGACUUUCCACUUGGAACCACAGGUCGCUUCACCAAUGGUCGAACAUAUGUUGAUGCACUAGUCAACUUUGCCAAUACAGUGCAGGAAAUGAGAAGGUUGUUCAGAGGAGAUAACAAUGCACUCAGCAGCUAUCUCAGCAAAUGCAUCUUCUAUUCCGGUAUGGGAAGCAAUGAUUAUCUCAAUAACUACUUCAUGCCCAACUUCUACACAACAAGCUCAGAUUACGAUACUAAGGCCUAUGCUGCUGUACUUGUCCAGGACUACGCCCGCCAGCUUACUCAAUUAUAUGGCUUGGGAGCUCGAAAGGUGAUCGUGACAGCAGUGGGGCCAAUCGGUUGCAUCCCAUAUCAGCUUGCUCGAUACCAUGGCAAUAGCAGCCGCUGCAAUGAGAAAAUCAACAGGGCAAUUGUUCUUUUCAACUCGGGACUGAGGAAGAUGGUGGACUCAUUCAACUCUGGGGUACUGCAAGGAGCUAAGUUUGUGUACCUGGAUUCCUACAAAAGCAGCAACGAUCUGUAUCUCAAAGCAGCAUCUUAUGGUUUUGAAGUGAUAGACAAGGGAUGUUGUGGGGUAGGAAGGAACAACGGGCAGAUAACUUGUCUUCCCCUUCAACAACCUUGCGAGGACCGAGGGAAAUACUUGUUCUGGGAUGCCUUCCAUCCAACUGAAGAGGCAAACAAUGUGUUUGCAAAUGCAUCAUUUGGCUCACAGUCCUACACAUAUCCCAUUAACAUACAACAAUUAGCAAGCCUCUAACGAAUACCCCAAACUUCACAUUUCCAUCUGCUCUCUAAUUUGUUAGUGUGAGGCUUUCUUUUGAUUUCUGAUAUUGUUGGUAGCAUGAAGAAUUCAAUAAAUUAUAAAUGCAUAAUUAAGCAAACUCUUGUCCAUGACAUAUGGAAGUUAAUGCUUCAUAGGGAUAUUUUGUUACUCAAGGCUUCCAUAAUUUCAUGGUGCAUCUCUGUAUCUUCACUGUAAUGUGAGCAUGUAGCGACAAGAGAUCUGUUAAUG